CAUGAUUCCUUCUCCCAACUUUGUACGCAAAUCUUGAGUUCGCCUUAACAUGUUAUGUGAUAGUUCUUCCCGCCAAUUUUGUAUACAAAUAUUGGGUUCGCCAGCCUCUCUCUUCUUAUUAUCCUCGAGCUCUGUCGGUCUUUUUCUGUCAGUUCUUGAUCUCUUGUCUUUAGCUUUUAUUCGAAACCCUUUCUAUCCAAGUCAACGCUGCCUUGACACCUAGCCUCUUCUUACUAAUCUAAUACCACGACCACCCUUGGCAUUAUCAACUUUCAUAGUGUCCACUACAUCUCCUUGAACCAAGGCAAGGGUUGGCCAUGGCCUUCCACGUUGUGCCCGCUUGUAUCUUUGCAAGCGGCUUUCUAGCGCUGGCCAUAUUGUCCUACUUUCACUUACAGCAGCCUCAAAGUCUUCUUUGGUAUUCACAAACCGGCGUUCUCCUACUCGUCGAAUGGAUUCUCUCAAACCUGGUUUACAGGCUUGCCUUCCACCCCCUUUCUAAGUACCCAGGACCGCUGUUCGCGGCCCUUAGCGACUGGUACACUGUUUACUGGAUCGCUGAGGGUGGUCGCCAUCUUGAGUUUGAUAAACAGCACAAGAAGUACGGGAAAUUUGUUAGAUUCGGGCCCAACCGUUUAUCUAUCAAUUCUGCACAGGCGUCUCGCGACCUGCAUAAUGUGAACUCCAACACAUUCAAGGCCGAUGCAUACAGCUCUUUCAAACGCUUCUUUGGGGCAGAAAUGUCUCUCACAACGGUAGACCACAAAGCACAUGCCUUCCGGCGUCGAGUCAACAUGACAGCCAUCACACCUACCGCAGUGAAAGAAUUCGAGGACCAAGUUACGCCUCACGUCGAUGAAUUCAUUGACAUCAUCAGCGAAGGUGUAGGGAGCAAAAAAGAAGGUGAACAUGGUUGGAGCUCGGGUAAAGAUAUGUGUUUUUACGUAUCUUUCUGUAUUGCCGAUAUCAUGGGCUCUAUGACUUUUGGUCGAACAUGGAAUGUCCAGAGAGAUCCAAAGUAUCGACAUUUCGUAAAAGAUUUGCCUAAUGGGGUUGCCGGUAUCCAUUUGGUUGGUCACAUGCAAUCAUUAUUCUUCUGCAACUUGCAUAAGCUCUUAUUCAAGCAGCUCAUUGUUGGCGUGGGAAACCUGAUGUCUGUAAGCCGAUCAUUCGCUUUGUGGCGCCUGGAGCAGACUUCUAUGCCAUAUAGAGACAUUUGGGCGGCGCUUCUCGCAUCGCGCGAUCCUAAAACCGGAGAGUCGUUUUCUACUGAAGAACUAAUAUCAGAAGCAAGUCUCUUCAUAAUUGGUGGUACAGACGGUAUGAUAACCGCAACAACGUCGACCUUAUUCUACCUCACACAUAACCCACGCACGCUCGAACGCCUAACACGUGAGAUUCGUGAGGCAUUCCCCUUGUCCCCCGAAGAUAUUGGAAAGAAAGCAUCAGAAAUCAAGUGCCCCAUUCGGUUUGCUUCUGCAGAACUGCAGAGCGUUAAAUACUUGCCCGCCUGUAUCGAUGAGGCCAUGCGUCUCUCACCCCCUGUCCCAAGCAUCUUACCACGUGUUGUUGGUCCAGGGGGGAUGGAGGUAGACGGCGAAUACUUCCCUGCUGGUGUCAACUUGGGUAUUCCGCACUACUGCAUGCACCACAGCGAAGAGAAUUUCGCCCAGCCUUUGACCUACGCACCCGAACGCUGGUUCCAUGAAGAACGCGAAAGAGGGCUUAAAGACGGUUCUGUGCCUGUGUCAGGCAAAGAGUCCGUCAAGAUGCAGCCCGCAGUGGGUCUGGCGCAUGGGUUUACUCCGUUUGGUGCUGGUCGUAGUGGAUGCAUCGGGAAACAUCUUGCCUACCAGGAAAUGUCCAUCGUUUUGGCUCGUCUCAUCUGGCUCUUUGACAUUCGUUUGGACCCCAGCAGCAACUUGGGAGAAGGUGUAGGAGACGCUAAAGAAGGGCGAGAGUGCAGGAGCGAAUUUCAGCUGUAUGAUCGCUUUGUCAGUUCACAAAACGGGCCCAUGCUGCAAUUUCGUUAUCGGGAGGAGUUGGCUGCAUAAGCAGGGGAUAUCAAGGAUCGUAGCUAUUUUCAAGUGGUUUUUUGUUUCGUCACAUUUUCUUUUUCUCCGGAAAUGUUAAGGAUGCGAACAGGAUUGGAUGGGAGAAACGUUGGCCGGCAUGCCAGCACAUGUCAUUUCACAUGUAUGCAAGUUGGGCCAAGGGAGGAAAAAAGAUCACUGGUCAACUGGGCGUAGUCUAGGUAGAUAGCAUUAGUGCUAGAAUCAUAGAGCAUCGUGCUACUACGUUGAUCAAUUACCAAUGAGCCUUGGAUACUUG